AUGGCUGAGGAGCUCUCCAAGAACUUUGAGACGCUGCAAUUGCACGCCGGUCAGACCCCCGACUCGGCAACGAAUUCACGCGCCGUGCCAAUAUACGCGACUACCUCUUUCACGUUCAAUGACUCUGCCCACGCCGCAAGGCUGUUCGGCCUCAAGGAGUUCGGCAACAUAUACAGCAGAAUCGGCAACCCCACGGUUGCCACGUUCGAGCAGCGGAUCGCUGCACUCGAGGGCGGUGUGGCAGCGCUCGCUACUUCCUCUGGCCAGGCGGCCCAGUUCAUCGCCAUCAACGCGCUAGCCCACGCAGGCGACAACAUCAUCUCCACCACCAACCUCUACGGUGGCACGUACAACCAGUUCAAAGUCUUCCUCCCGCGCCUGGGCAUCCAGACCAAGUUUGUCAACGGCGACAGGCCCGAGGACUUCAAGGCUGCCAUCGACGAUAAGACAAAGGCCAUCUACCUCGAGUCCAUUGGUAAUCCCAAGUACAACGUCCCCGACUUCGAGGCCAUUGUCAAAGUCGCACACGAAGCUGGCGUCCCUGUCAUCGUAGACAACACCUUUGGCGCCGGCGGUUUCUUCGUGCGCCCCCUCGACCACGGCGUCGACAUCGUGGUGCACUCCGCAACGAAAUGGAUCGGCGGCCACGGAACGACGAUUGGGGGCGUGAUCGUCGACAGCGGGCGAUUCGACUGGGGCAAGCACGCCUCGCGAUUCCCGCAGUUCAACGACCCGUCCGAGGGCUACCACGGCCUGAGGUUCUGGGACACGUUCGGCGCAAUCGCCUUCAUCAUCCGCGCGCGCGUCGAGAUCCAGCGCGAUCUCGGCGCAGCCCUGAAUCCGUUUGCGGCGCAGCAACUGCUCCUCGGCGUCGAGACGCUGAGUUUGCGCUGCGAGCGCCACGCUUCCAACGCCUUGCGCCUCGCCCACUGGCUCGAAACCAACGAUAACGUGAGCUGGGUCUCGUACCCGGGCCUUGCGAGCCACCCGUCCCACGAGCUCGCUAAGAAGUACCUCCCCCGCGGCUUCGGAGGCGUGCUGUCGUUUGGCGUCAAAGGGGGGGAGGCCGCGGGGAGCCAGGUGGUGGAUCACUUCAAGCUGAUUUCUAAUGUUGCGAAUGUGGGUGACUCCAAGACACUGGCUAUCCACCCGUGGACGACGACGCACGAGCAGUUGGACGAUAAGGAGAAGGAGGCGUCGGGUGUUACUGCGGACCUCAUCCGUAUCUCGGUCGGUACGGAGCACAUCGACGAUAUCAUUGCCGACUUUGUGCAGUCGUUCGCGCAGUCGGCGACGAAGCCUGAGGAGAAGGGCGAGCCGGCGAACAAGGAGAAGACGGGCGAUGCUGAUACUUCUGCGGCCAUCUCGGGGGCUACAUAG